AUGCCAGUAUCAGCUCAGGGUUUGCAGCGCACAGCUAAAGGCGUAGAGCUUCAGCUACGAUACAACUUUGCGGGGAACCCAGCAUGGGAACUCGAAAAGGUGCUCGGAAAUGGCGCUUUCGGAAUAACAGUAUUACUGGUGGACAAAGAUCCAUUACAUAUUCGCCGUGACCGCAAUCGUCGCCGGCGGAGGAUAGUUCUGAAGCGACAAUUGGCGUCAGAUCGGGGGAUGACGGAUUUUCUUACCGAAAUGCGAGCACUCGAGGAACUGCGCGGCCACGCACACAUCGCACAAAUAAUCGACAGUACAGUGGAUACCCAGUAUUUUCGUUCAAGAAGUGGCCGAACAGCAGAGUUCCUGAGACGUAUCUUACGGUCACUCACAAAUCACCCCGAAAACAUAUUCAAGGCCGUGGCCCAUCAUCGGGGACCAGCAAUUCUUUUAGAGUACCUGGAAGGGGGUUCGCUGUAUACUUUCGCAAGGAGACAAUAUGAAACUAACACCAAGCUCCCAAACCGUAUUCUCUGGAACAUUUACUACUGCAUGAUGAGGGCCUGUGCUGCCAUGACAUAUGCAAAGAAUGCGCCACAUGGUGGACCAUUAGAGUUGGAAGAACUUCAAAAGGACGAACCGCAUUUACUGUUACGCCACAAUGAUAUUGCCUUCCGAAACAUGAUGUUCGAUGACUACGAGCCCGAAAUCCCAGAACACAACGCGAUUCCUAAAUUGGUGUUAAUAGAUUUUGGGCUGGCAGGCUAUGUAAAGCCUGAGGGCAUUACUCAUGCUCGGGCCGGUGAAAUUGCAGAGACAUAUAAUAUGCACCAGUGUGCACAGCUUAUGGUCACGUUGAUUCAUCCGCAUGCACAACUCGCGGGAAACAUGUACGCGUACAUUCACGAUCCUCCGUUGCGGACACAAGCAUGGGAGAUUAUACCAGACAGGCACGGCAACGAUCAUUUUCGCUGGGUAGACAACGAAUUGCGAUAUCUUCUCUGCGAAGCCUUGGGCGACUUACAAUAUCGGCCAUCACUCCAGCAGAUGCUCAGGCGAACGCGAAGAGGUGCUGGGAAGCCAGCGUCUGCGUAUGGAGCGCGGGCGCCGGAUGAGAGCGAUUUGGCAUGCCAAGGAAUAUUGCAGCUACUGCAGCACACUCCUGAUCCUCUAGAUAACCCAGACAUAUUUUGA